UUGUAUGAAAGUUCUUGUUUGCAGGUAAUAAUGUCAUUGCCUGUGAUGAGUCGGCCAAGGACAUUGCAUACUUGACAAAGUUCGUCGACAUACUUGUUAAGGAUGGGAGAAUCGAGUGCCGCCUCGAGAAGCCGCGUGCCACACAUCAUCGCACGAACAGGGAUAUGUACCACAAGUUGGGACCGAAAAGACUGAAGGUGUGGGAAUACCUGUUCCGCGAUGCGCCGGAUGGACACCUUGAUGGGGGAUACAUAUAUAGGAAAGCCAAGGUGACCGAGGCCCUCAAACAUUAUCACGGUGCUCUAACUGGCGCCUUCGAGACAUUCGUUGCUCGAUGCGAGAUCUUGAGGUUUGAUCUUCACAAAGAUAAACUGACGUUUAAGGACUAUGCAGACCUCGCUAAAUCGGGUGAAGGCUUUAACCCCGUUGACAGCGAGGAAGACUCGUCGGACUUCGACCUCGAGAUCGAAAAGGACACCAAUGCACCAGGGUGGUGUGGGAAGUCCGUUGCCAUGGAGCACAGCGUCAAGGGAUAUGGACCGGGUCAAUCAGAGGGAUGCUCGAACCUGCCACCCGCGAACAGUGUGGCCUUAAGUGUGGACCGGGUUGUAUGUACGCCUGUGGAAGACGACGAAGACGAUGACCUUGAUAUUCCUGCUCAGCCAACGAAGCUGGCGCCAGGCGAUCCGAUUCCUCCCAGAUUUUGUGCGGAUSCAAACAAUGUGUAUUUCUUSGAUGACAAAUACGCCUGCACUAGUGAGGACAAGUGGGGCCAUGAUAUCAUUUGGCAUGACGGCAUUUUCGAGCCAUGUAUCCAAGGCGGGGAGUGRAAAAUGGCGGUGAAGUAUGUCUCGAAGGGUUGGAGACCRUUUBCCCGCAUGGGAAAGGACAGYUGGCUGAAGACGACGGAGCAAUCAAUACUAUACCGCUGUCRGAAAGAGAACCCCGGGGAGAGUGAAACAUCCAUCGCGGCAAAGGCGAAACAAUUGUUCGACGCCUUGGGAGCCACUCGGCAGUUAGAGUACUCACACAAGUUUUACGAGCUGCAGUCGAGCCCCUCGUAYGGCAAGAUUGACUGGAAGGUUGAGCGCGCCGCCGCGCUCGAGAGCAUGGACGUGGACUCCCGAGAAGAUGCCGCCCCUGUGCCCGAGGCGGCCACAGGGAACACGAUGGGUGAACAAAGGGAAGAUGGCGGGACGACGUUGGGCGUGAAGCCUCCGUUGCCAGAGGCGGGGAACACGCCCGCAGACAAAAACACCAUCGGAGCCAUCUCUGUCGCAACGCGGGAUAUAUCACGAGGUGAAAAAGUGUCACUCGAGAAGUCGGCGGAUGCGGGCUCCAAAUACGGGAGUCUCCUUGCGACAGGGGCGGCGCUAGCAGGCACAUCGGAGAUGGUGUCAGAGUCCACUGCUAGGAUGGGCAUCACGGGGAUGUCGUUGCAUCCGCCCACAUGCUCUAGCAAAGGUGACACACACUGUACAACAACACCACAAAGAGGGGUCACAGGGGAUGACGGGAAUUGGGGAAAUGCAGGGGGGUCUUCACGUUCUCGCAAUAUUGAGGACAUGACGACGAACGAUGAGGAUGGGGUAGAAGGCGGAAAGGGCGUGAGCGAUCCCACGCGUGCAGAAAAUGAGGGAUGAGACAGAGAAUGAACUUGAGGGGAAUCG